AACGCGCCCACCUAGUGAGAAACAGGAGACGAGAGAGGGAAAUCGAAGUCACGAACGAAGUGUUGGAGAAGCAUCCCUGCUUCCUCCAUUUGUUGCUCUUCAUAAGUUUACUUCUACAAUCAAAACUCUUGCGGUUGUUUUCGUUUCGCCUUUGAUGUUUCCGAACUCAGUGACUCACAAAACAAUUUAAAUUACAUUCCCCGAUCAAUUUAGGGGUUUGGUUGAUUUUAUCAGAUUGAUGGGUUUUUGUUUCCGAUGAAUUUGGAUUCAAGUCUUUUAUUUUAUCUGUAAAAUUGAACCUGCUGUCGGCGUAGAUCCAUGGGAGAAUUGUGGAAUUGAAAGGAUUUGCUUCCUGGAUUUCUGAGAUUAGUAUCUGUUGAUGAAUCUUACAAUUGUUAUUGAAGAGGAUCGGCUUGUGAACUUGCCCAAUUAUUUUCUGGGUGUUUUCAGGCCAUUGGAACUAUCGUUUGAAAAAAAGGCGUUUUCAUUUUGUAUCCCUAGAGAUAGAUGGGAUAAGGAGUUCUUCAAUUUGCAGGGUGGUUAAUUGUUAGUUCAUCGACUUCACGAAGUUCUUGGUACUAGAAUAUUGAAUUGGAACUUUUAAGAUGGGUUCUACGCAAAAGUCUACACUGUCGACUAAUAUGGCUGAUCUAGUUGAUGGUUCACCUACUCGACGACAAUUUUCUUAUGUCGAUACUAUGCCUGUUUAUGUUAAGGAGCUCAUUGCUGGUGGAGUUGCAGGAGGAUUUGCCAAGACUGCUGUUGCACCCCUUGAGAGAACUAAAAUACUGCUGCAGACAAGAACUGAAGGGUUUCAAUCUCUUGGGGUGUUUCAUUCCUUGAAGAAAUUAUUAAAGCAUGAGGGAAUUCUUGGCUUUUACAAGGGAAAUGGAGCUAGUGUUGUUCGGAUUGUUCCUUAUGCAGCCUUACAUUUCAUGACAUAUGAGCAGUAUCGUGGUUGGAUCUUGAGUAAUUGUCCUGCUUUAGGUUCAGGACCUGUUGUAGAUUUAUUAGCUGGUUCAGUGGCUGGAGGAACUGCAGUUUUGUGCACCUAUCCCUUAGAUUUGGCUCGCACUAAACUUGCUUAUCAGGUCCUGGAUACAAGUGGAAGUAUCAGAUGUAAAAGUGUAUGUGUUCCACCUGCUUAUGGUGGGCUAAAAGAUGUACUUAGAGGUGUCUACAAGGAAGGGGGAAUACGUGCACUGUAUCGAGGAAUUGGACCUACACUCCUUGGGAUCCUUCCUUAUGCUGGUUUGAAGUUCUAUGUCUAUGAGGAGCUUAAGAGGCACGUUCCUGAAGAGCAUCAAAAGUCCAUUAUGAUGCGGCUUGCAUGUGGAGCUUUCGCUGGGUUGUUUGGGCAGACCUUCACGUACCCAUUAGAUGUUGUUAGGAGACAGAUGCAGGUUGAAAAUUUGCAACCUUCAAUUCAAGGUCGAGUUAGAUACAGGAGUACAUUGGAUGGGCUGUCAACUAUAGUCCGCAAUCAAGGUUGGAGACAGUUAUUUGCAGGCCUGAGCAUUAACUACAUCAAGAUUGUUCCCUCUGUGGCUAUCGGCUUUACUGCAUAUGACAUGAUGAAGAUUUGGCUUCGAAUUCCACCCCGUCAUAACUCCCAAUCAGUUUCGACUGGAUAAAUCUCUGACCAAAUUAGCACACAAGAACCCUUGAAAACUUGUGUUUAUUAGCAACAUCUUAACAUUUGGCAUGCAUAUCAAAAGGUUUCAAUGUGUGGUAUGGACCCAUCAUUCUGGUGAUUAUCAAAUUGUGUGAAGACUUAUUAUGGGUUGGCCGCUUAGCAAGAAGAACAAUGACUUGAUCAAUGAUAGCAAAAGAUUCUUGAGAA